AUGGCUGUUCAAGCAUGGCGGGCCCUGCAAGGCAAGACUCUUCUGAUAUGUCUGAAUCUGUUCAGUGCAAUUGCCCUAAUCUUCGAGGGCUACAAUCAAGGCGUGAUGGGAGGUGUCUCCGGGACCCCUGAUUUCAUUCAACAGAUGGGACUGGGUACAGAUGGAAUCAUAGUAGACGCUACCCAUCAAGGGGGUCUAGUAGCUUCAUACUACUUCGGUGCAAUGUUCGGCUGCUUCUUCGCGGGCUGGUUUGGUGACACUUACGGUCGCAAACGCGGUGUAUGGCUGGGCUCUUUGUUUUGCAUCCUCGGCGGCGCUCUACUAUCAGCAAGCAUCAACUCGAAUAUGUUCAUCUGCUCUCGUGUGAUCACAGGCAUUGGAAUCGGGUUCAUCAACACUAUCAUUCCAACAUGGGUCUCGGAACUGGCUCGAGCUCACAACCGCGGUGUUCACUUCACGUUUAUCUUCAUCUCAAAUUAUCUUGGCAUUAUUAUCGCCUACUGGCUCAACUACGGCGUGAGCUUCACGUCUGGUGCUGCAUUCAAGUGGAGAUUUCCACUCGCGUUCAUGACUGUGCCAACAAUUAUUAUUGCCCUUACAGUGGCGUUUCUGCCGGACUCGCCUCGCUGGCUGAUCGCAAACGGUCGCCGCACAGAAGCAAUUGAGGUUCUGGCAAAGGUUCGUGGCGAUCUCUCGCAAGAUGAUCGCGAACUCCUGGCCGAGGUCGAAGAGCUGGAGGCCGUGGUGGAAGCUUCGAAACACAGUCGCAACCAGAUCUGGAAUAUCGCCCUCGGCAGACAUUCUGGCCGUCUUCACCUGGGUCGUCGCGCUUGGAUGGGCUUCUUCCUUAUGCAGAUGUUGAUGUGGAGUGGCAUUAUGGCGAUCACGACAUACUCUGGGGAACUGUUUAAACAGGCCGGCUUCUCGCCAGCCAAGUCCGCCUGGAUGGGCGGCUUCUGCAAUAGUGUCAGUGGCGUCCUCGGCACUGCCGCGGCGGCUCUUGUCAUCGAUCGAUGGGGUCGCAUCAAGAGUCUGCUCACCGGCUUUACCACGCAGGGCAUCGUCAUGUUUCUCACUGGUGCAUUUCUCAAGGUAGCCAAGGAUCUAAAUGAGAGUGACCCGACCAAAGCUCAGAAGUUCGGCGUCGCAUCAGCGAGUAUGCUGUUUGUCUUCCUUUGGUGCUUCUGCAUGUUCGUCAUUGUUCCAUGCUUCUUGUAUUCCACCGAGAUUUGGCCUCAAGAAGUCCGGGCUCAGGGCUACGCUUUUACUGUCUUUGGCUGGGCUGUUGGAUCCGGGCUCACGACGCUAUUGAUCCCGAUCAUGUUGCAGAAGCUCAACUACGGGACUUUCUUCUUGUUUGGUGCAUUCAACAUCGUCGCCAUUCCUUCUGUGUGGUUCAUCUACCCCGAGACUCGCGGCAGAUCUCUCGAAGAGAUCAACUUGCUCUUUGCUUCAUCGUCACUCCUGGUCAGCGCCAACGAGAAGGAAUACCAAAGGAUGGUCCAAGAAGCAGGGGGCAAUACUGCUGUGGCAGAGAGACGUCUCCUGGACGAGGUUGAUGCUUCGACGCGAGAGGGGAAAGGAGAAGCACGGACACCGUCAGCGUCCAGUAAUGGGGAGAAAGGAAGCACGUCAGGGGUUGCGAUCCAUAAUGUGCCUAAGCUGUAA